AAGAAAGAUAAGAAGAAGAAGAAGAUAAGUACUAAGUAGUUUGGUUGUAAUUUUGUAGCCUUGAAUGUGAAAUAUAAGUUCGUAAAAUUAUUUUUAUUUUACUUAUUGAAUCAUGGAACAUAAUUAUGAAAAAGAACCGUGCACUACGAACAUACUUAACAAAAAAAUCUCAUACCAGAAUAAAAAUUUUAAGGAUAUUCAAGAAGUCACAGUAAAAAAAAAUGUUAAUGUUGAUGAUGAAGAAGAUGAUGUUGAUAUUGAUGAAGAAAAUCAAAUGAUGCCUGCUAAUAUGUGUUUAAUGGUAGAAAAUACAUUGUGUGAUAAAAAAGAAAGUGAAUGGGUAAUUGAUGAAGAUAGUGAUCAUUCUAUUGAUGAAGAUUUAGAUAUCUCAUCUUCUAAAGUAUAUAGGGGAGAUAAGAAAAUUAAUUCAAAAACACUAGAGUUAGAUACUCAAAAAAUAAAAAAUUCUACUUCAGGUUCUAAAAUUAAUGAACCAAUUUCCAAUAUCAAACAAACUAAAGAAGAAUCAUAUUUAUCAUCUGCAAAAAUGAUUAAACAACUACAACAUGUAACUAACUCAACAUUGAAUGACUUAUAUCGCCCAUCAUGUUCAACCAACACAACUAGUCCAUCCUGCUCAACUAGUUUACCUGGUCCAUCAACUUCAACCAGCAUGCCUGGUCCAUCAUAUUCAACCAGCAUGUCUAGUCCAUCAUAUUCAACCAGUUUACCUGAUCUAUCUCGUAUUUUUCUUCCGGAUCAUAUACUUAGUUUAUUUUAUGAUGAUUUAAAUGAUGCUAUUUUGACUAAGGAUAAAGAAUUACAAAUACAUCUUUUAGCUAGUUUUUAUGAUAAAUUAUUUUUGAAUGAUUUUGAUGAAAAGGAGAAUAGUGAACUAAAUCAAGAUAUUAAGAUAUCAAAUAUAGAAAAUUGUGAUUAUACUCAACAUUAUUUAUUAGAAAACACUAAUUUCAAAAAUACUGAUGAAGAACCAGAAAUAGAAAAUACUGAAUGUUUUGUAGAAGAUCCAGAUAUUGUUAACCCUGAUAUAAUGUACAAUAUUAAUCUUAAUGAAUAUUAUAAUCAAUUGGAUCUUUUAGCUUUAAAAGUUAUAAAAACACCUGAUGACCCUACAGGAUUAGUUGAAUACAAGCAAUUGCCUCCUUUUCCUCAACCUGAAGAGACACGUAAAAAGUUUACUACAAAUGAACGUUUUAGAUUUGCAAAUGGCAUUUCAGAAUGGGAGUAUCAAAUUGAUCGUGAUGAUUGGAAUAAAAUAAUGGUAAAACGAGCUGUUGUAUUCACAGCCCAUGCUGGAUUUAGUAUAGCAAAUGAAGAGAGCUUAUAUGUUUUAGCAGAUGUAGCUAUUGACUAUGUAAAAAAAUUGGCUGUUAUUAUGAAAAAACAUUUUGAUAUUCAAGCAGAUAGUCCAUGUCCAGAUAAUAUUGAUCCAAUUAAUAAUAGUCUUCAAGAGAUCGGUGUUAAAGGUGGUGUAAAAGAAUUGAUUGAACAUUUUGAAAAUGAUGUUUUUGGUAGACGUAACAAGCUUGUAAAGAAAUGUCAACAUUUGAAAAAACUUAUUGAUCGGCAAGUCGUCAAUAUAAUUAAAACUCAAAAUGUCAUUCCAGAAGAUAUGGAAGAAGAAUACUCAACUAAUGAUAUAGAAGAAAAUUUUCUCUCAAAAGAAAUGGACAUAACAGAAGAAGAAAAAACUGAAAUUGAGUCUGGAAUUGAAGAAGUUAUAGUUGAAACUCAAUUUCCUACAGAUGAAAAUAUAUUCACAGAUUCUGAAAUUGAACAGAUAGAUUCUCUCUAUGUUGAUAAUACAGAUAUUGAAGUAAAGAUGGAUACUGGUAAAAAAAAUUUUGAAAAUAUCAAAAUUGGUUCGAUAGACUUUAAAGAUAGAAAAAUAAACAAUUCAAGAACUUCGGACACUUCUAAAGUAAUAGAAUUUGAUCUUUUAAAACCAUUAGAUAGUGUACCUAUAGAUUAUACAAAAUAUGGGCUUCCUGAUGAAAAGGAAAAACUUCCUGAGGAGAAAUACUCUUGUGAUUCAAAGAGUUAUCCCAAUCCUCCAAAAUCUGAAAAAACAUUAGACCUAGGAACUCCAAAAAAAGUAAUGAAAUACUUAUACUCACCAGUAGAAGUAUCACCAAGAGUACCACCACAAGUGAAGCCAGAGAUAUCUGUUGAAGAUGGUAAUUAUCUAGGACUUAGUAAAAUGGCAGAUCAAUUAGAUGAAGAUUUCAAUAAUUAUCAAGCUUCGUUCAUAGACGACAAUGUCCAAACAAUAUAUGUUCAUACAAUAUCUGAUACUGAUGAUCCAAUUUCGUUGAAUGAUGAUAAUGUUGAUAAUUCUGCAGAUAAUUCUAUUCAAAUUAUUCCUGUGGUUAAUGAAAAUGAUGACUCUGAUUCAAACAUUGAUUAUGAUAUAGUCUCUGUACAUUCUUUUAUUUAAAAUUUAAAUUUAAAUUGAUGGAAAAUUCUAUUAAUCAGUUAUUAACUUAACAUU